UGCGCAGGGCAUGCCGGGAGUAGUGGUGUGUCGUUGGCAGCUGCAGGUGAAGCUGGUCGGACUGCGGGGCGAGAGAAGCCUGUGAAGCUAGUCCUGCGGUCGCUAGAUCCUGGCUCUGCCCUGGUAAGGGCAGCCUUUUCUGAGAGGCUUUCGUUUGUUGAAAUGAACAGUCGUAAAUCAAAGAGUAACAAUUUAAUACAUGCAGAGUACCUUUCACAGGUACAGAGAAUUUUACGAGAAAGAUUUUGUCAUCAGAGUCCACAUAGUAACCUGUUUGGAGUACAAGUACAAUAUAAACACUUAAUUGAACUGCUAAAAAGAACUGCUAUCUAUGGAGAAAGUAACUCUGUUCUCAUUGUUGGACCCCGAGGAUCAGGAAAGACCAUGUUAAUAAACCAUGCUUUGAAAGAACUGAUGGAAAUAGAAGAAGUGAGUGAAAAUGUAUUACAAGUUCACCUAAAUGGACUGCUGCAGAUCAAUGAUAAAAUUGCCCUGAAGGAAAUCACAAGGCAGUUAAAUCUAGAAAAUGUAGUUGGAGAUAAAGUUUUUGGAAGCUUUGCUGAAAACCUUUCAUUUAUUCUGGAAGCUUUAAAAAAAGGUGACCGAACUAGUAGUUGCCCAGUGAUCUUCAUAUUAGAUGAAUUUGAUCUUUUUGCUCAUCAUAAAAACCAAACACUCCUCUAUAAUCUUUUUGACAUUUCUCAGUCUGCACAGACUCCAAUAGCAGUUAUUGGUCUUACAUGUAGAUUGGAUAUUUUGGAACUCUUAGAAAAAAGAGUGAAGUCACGAUUUUCUCACCGGCAGAUACACUUAAUGAAUUCAUUUGGUUUUCCACAGUAUCUUAAAAUAUUUAAAGAACAAUUAUCUCUACCUGCAGAAUUUCCAGACAAGCUUUUUGCUGAGAAGUGGAAUGAGAAUGUUCAGUGUCUCUCAGAAGAUAUAAGUGUACGAGAAGUACUACAGAAGCAUUUCAAUAUCAACAAAAACCUGCGGUCAUUACACAUGCUAUUGAUGCUUGCUUUAAAUCGCAUAACAACAUCACACCCAUUUAUGACUGCAGCAGAUCUGAUGGAGGCAAACCAACUGUGUAGCAUGGACUCUAAAGCCAAUAUUGUACAUGGUCUAUCGGUAUUGGAAAUCUGUCUUAUUAUAGCAAUGAAGCAUUUAAAUGACAUUUACGAAGAGGAGCCCUUUAAUUUUCAAAUGGUCUAUAAUGAGUUUCAGAAAUUUGUUCAGAGGAAGGCCCAUUCUGUUUAUAAUUUUGAGAAACCUGUUGUCAUGAAGGCUUUUGAACACUUACAACAAUUAGAAUUAAUAAGGCCCAUGGAAAGAACUUCAGUAAAUGCACAGAGAGAGUACCAGCUGAUGAAACUACUUCUGGAUAAUACUCAAAUUAUGAAUGCUUUGCAGAAAUACCCCAACUGUCCUACAGAUGUUAGGCAGUGGGCAACAUCCUCACUAAGCUGGUUAUGAAUAUAACCAGUGGCUUCAGUUAUGGAGUUUCAGGCGAACUACUAUAAAUAACUAAAAACCGUUGUUCUUUAACAAGAUAUGUUAUUGCAUUUUCUUUUAUUUAUAACUGUUUUUUUAUAUUUAUGAGGGAUUAUUACACAUGUAGUAUUCUUGGCUGUGUUGUGCCUUUAAAUCUUGAGCAGUUACAUGAUUUAUAAUUCCAGUAAUUUAGACUAGUAGUUCAAAAAAAUGUGACUUUUAUAGGGAUUAAACCAUAUGCUUAUUUAAAAUAGUUGUGAAUUAUUAGUGUUACAUUUAAAGAGUUCAUGUUAAGCCAGCAACCAGAUGUUUUUACAAACCAACAAAGCAGUAAAGAAACAAUGGUGAGAGCUGAGGUGUAAUGAGUAAUCUUGGGAUCCAGUGGGAAGUGAUGCAUUUUUUUUUUUUUCUGUAUCCAUGGAAAUUUUGGAUUCUGUUCCAGACCCAGGUCUUCUAGUUCAAGAGACUGACCAGUUGGCCAGAAGAUGGUUCACGUGGAAGGAAAAGAGCCAAAAGUUUGUACGUUUUCUUUCAGACUUCUGAAAAUGUUACUUAUACCAUCUAAAGAACCCCUUUAAGCAUUUUUUUUUUAAUGCAGAAUUUUGGGCCUAUUUUAGGCCACACGGAUCAGAAUUUAUCUUUUUAACAGGUACUUUAAGAAAUUCCUGGAAAACCACUCCCACAAAUAAUGGGAAAUGUUUGGCAGUGUUAACUAAUCUGUUAUUUGUAUCAAAAAGCAAACCCCUAAGAGGAAUGUGGAAAUGUCAGCCAAAGUAUUACCUUAUAAAUUCAGGAAUCCAUAAACUAAUAUAGGUAUAUGUUUAAAGUGAAAUUUAAUAAGCAUUCAUUAAGUGUUAGCUACUUCAUUUAUUCAAUAUUUGGAUGCCUGUUGUUUAGUGGAAUGUGGUUUACAUAAGGCAAAGUCCCUACCUGUGUGCAGUUUAUAAUCUUUGUAACUGUCAAAGGCCAUGCUAUUUGCAUACUGUUAUUUAUAGGUGAGAAAACUAACACAGUGGCAGUGUCCAGAAUCACACAGGUAGAGAAUGAUUGACAGACCUGGUUCAACUCAAGUUUGAUUGAUACCAAAGCACCUGCUAUUAAGACUUGAAGUUCAGUAUUGGAUUCCUUACCAUGUAUUUUGUAAAGUGUGCUCUAGGAAAUGAUUUAUCUUGUUUUUAAGACGUAUCAGAUGUAGACUAGAAAUAUCUGUGCACAAAAGUAGCUCUUCAGUAAUUACAGCCUAUUCUUUUGCAUACAUCGUCUUCUUUCCAUGCCCUCCGAGUCUUCAGAUCACUGUCAUUUACUUUUCUGCAAUCUCAUUAAAUCUAAGGCUUACAUA